UACCACUCUUGACAACUGAGGGAUUCUUUUUGACGCGCACCGUGCGUCUUGGUUAUUUGGGGACUGGCCGUGGAGACUACCUUUCUGCCAUGACAGUGGAUUUGUUUGCGCUUUUAUGCGCGCUGGUCACCGCAUCCUCUGCGAUGGAAGAGACCGUGAUGGACACUCGCGUGGCCACAGCCGAACUGGGCUGGACGGCGUACCCUAAUACUGGGUGGGAGGAGGUGAGUGGCUAUGACGAAAACCUCAACACAAUCAGGACCUACCAGGUGUGUAACGUCUUCGAUCCCAGUCAAAACAACUGGCUCCUCACCACCUUCAUUGAUCGGCGUGGAUCGCAGCGCAUCUACGUGGAGAUUCGAUUCACGGUGCGCGACUGCAGCUCCAUCCCCAAAGUCCCUGGCUCAUGCAAAGAGACCUUUAAUCUCUAUUACUAUGAAACUGACGCCGUCAUCGCCACCAAAGGCACCGCCUUCUGGAUGGAGGCGCCUUACCUCAAGGUGGACACCAUUGCGGCGGAUGAAAGCUUCUCGCAGGUGGACUUUGGCGGACGCCUGAUGAAGGUCAACACAGAAGUGCGGAGCUUUGGCCCGUUGUCUAAAAAUGGCUUCUACCUGGCCUUUCAGGACUAUGGCGCCUGCAUGUCUCUGCUGUCAGUGAGGGUGUUUUAUAAGAAGUGCCCAAGUGUGGUCCAGAACUUUGCAAUCUUUCCAGAGACUAUGACGGGGGCCGAGAGCACCUCCCUGGUAAUUGCAAGAGGAAUCUGCAUUCCCAACUCGGAGGAAGUAGACGUGCCCAUAAAGCUGUACUGCAACGGAGACGGCGAGUGGAUGGUUCCUAUCGGGAGCUGCACGUGCAAGGCAGGAUUUGAACCCGACAAUGGCAACGUAUGUCGAGCAUGCCCCCCGGGUACCUUCAAAUCAACCCAGGGUCCAGGUCUGUGUCUACAGUGCCCUCCCAACAGCCGCUCCACAGCCGAGGCCGCGACCAUCUGCGUGUGCCGCAACGGUUACUACCGCGGCGAUGCUGAUCAGCCGGAUGAACCCUGCACCAGUGUCCCAUCCAGCCCGAGGAACGUGAUCUCCAUCGUGAACGAAACCUCUGUGAUCCUGGAGUGGCAUUCUCCCAGGGAAACCGGCGGCCGCGAGGACGUCGUCUACAACAUCGUGUGCAAAAAGUGCCGGGCCGACCGGAGCUCCUGCUCCCACUGCGACGACAACGUGGACUUCGUCCCUCGGCAGCUGGGCCUGACUGACACCAGGGUGUUCAUUAGCAACCUGUGGGCUCACACGCUCUAUAGCUUUGAAAUACAAGCUGUGAACGCAGUGAGCAACAAGAGCCCGUACCCGGCCCAGCACGUCUCCAUAGACAUCACCACCAACCAGGCUGCACCCUCCAUAGUUCCCAUCAUGCACCAGAUCAGCUCCACUAUGAAUAGCUUCACACUGUCUUGGCCACAACCAGAACAGCCCAAUGGCAUCAUCCUGGACUAUGAACUGCGCUACUACGAAAAGGACCAUGCUGAGAUCAACUCCACCAUCCUGCGAAGCCAAACUAACACUGCACGCGUGGAGGGCCUCAGGCCGGCUACAGUCUAUGUGGUACAGGUGCGGGCAAGGACUGUGGCUGGCUUUGGCAAAUACAGCAGCAAGAUGUGCUUCCAAACCCUCACAGAUGAUGACUUCAAGUCUGAGCUGAGGGAGCAGCUUCCUCUGAUUGCGGGUUCAGCGGCAGCCGGAGUGGUCUUCAUUGUUUCCCUUGUUGCUAUCUCCAUCGUGUGCAGCAGGAAAAGAGCAUACACCAAGGAGGCGGUGUACAGUGACAAGUUGCAACAUUACAGCACAGGAAGAGAACUCUCUUUGCGAGCCGACAUGUCUAACUGCCCCUCCCCACUGGGCUGCCCGACCCACUUCUCAGGCUCCCCGGGGAUGAAGAUAUACAUCGAUCCCUUUACCUACGAAGACCCCAACGAAGCUGUGCGAGAAUUCGCCAAAGAGAUUGACGUCUCCACUGUCAAGAUUGAGGAAGUCAUCGGUGCAGGUGAAUUUGGGGAGGUGUACAAAGGCCGUUUGAAGCUGCCUGGUAAGCGUGAGAUCAAUGUAGCUAUAAAGACCCUGAAGGCGGGCUACGUGGACAAACAGAGGCGCGACUUCCUGGCUGAGGCGUCAAUCAUGGGCCAGUUUGAUCACCCAAACAUUAUCCGUCUGGAGGGAGUGGUCACAAAGAGCCGACCGGUCAUGAUCGUCACAGAGUUUAUGGAGAACGGUGCCCUUGACUCAUUCCUCAGGCAAAAUGAUGGUCAGUUCACGGUGAUCCAGUUAGUGGGAAUGAUGCGUGGGAUCUCAGCUGGGAUGAAAUAUCUCUCAGAAAUGAACUACGUCCACCGUGACUUGGCUGCACGGAACAUUCUGGUCAACAGCAACCUGGUGUGUAAAGUGUCUGACUUUGGCCUGUCACGCUACCUCCAGGAUGACACCUCUGACCCCAGCUACACCAGCUCUCUAGGUGGGAAAAUCCCAGUGAGGUGGACAGCACCUGAAGCCAUCGCUUACAGAAAGUUCACCUCAGCCAGUGACGUUUGGAGCUACGGCAUCGUCAUGUGGGAAGUGAUGUCAUUUGGAGAGAGGCCUUACUGGGACAUGUCCAACCAGGAUGUGAUUAACGCCAUCGAACAGGACUACCGUCUGCCGCCCCCUAUGGACUGCCCCAGUGCUCUGCACCAGUUGAUGCUGGACUGUUGGCAGAAGGACCGGAACGUGCGACCCCGCUUCACCGACAUUGUCAGCACCCUGGACAAGAUGAUCCGUAAUCCCACCAGCCUCAAAGCUGUAGCCAACAUCCCUGCAGUGCCUUCUCAGCCACUGUUGGACAGAUCCAUUCCUGACUUUAACACUUUCAGCUCAGUAGAAGACUGGCUCGCUGCCAUCAAGAUGAGCCAGUACAGAGACAACUUCCUAAACUCAGGUUUUACCUCCCUGCAGCUGGUGGCUCAAAUGACCUCAGAGGACUUGCUGAGAAUAGGAGUGACCCUGGCAGGACACCAAAAGAAGAUCCUCAGUAAUAUCCAGUCCAUGAGGGUGCAGAUGAGCCAGUCCCCCACGACGAUGGCAUGACUACAGGGGGCGCUGUGCCAUGGAGCAGGCAGCAUUCGGAGGACCAACAACAAUGGCAGCCCUCGAAUGACCCCUGAUCCAUCGAAACGCGCCAGAAUCGAGACUAUUGUCUUAAUCUAAUCCACUACCGUGACAACAGGAGACCAGGGUCUACACUACCACACGAUUAACAGUCAUCACACUUCAUGCAAUCCACACUGGGAUGUCAGGGUCCAGACUUGAUACUUUUGUUCCAUCUUUCCACGAUAAAGGAAGGACGACAAAUAUCAGUUGAUGUGUUUAUGGACUGCCAUUCAUGUCAUUUUAAACCAAAAUAACUCCAACAAUCCGACAAUGAAACAGGGACUCCCUCACAAUUUCAGGCUGUAUGGUAACAUGAGUGACAUUGUACUUCUUUAUUAUCUGGACCCGAAGAUGUUAAAAUGGUAAGCCGAAUUCUGAGACAUUUAGAAACAACGUGUGACCUGUGAUUUUACCGUCGUCAAUGUGUGCAGUGAAGAUGCCUUGACCUGGCCAGAAACAAGUCCCAGAAGAAAAAGCAAUUACCAAUCGGAAUAAUUCGAGGGAGAAGAAUACAGGGAUGUACAGUGGAGCACCAUCUUCAACUAUGACAUCAUAUUUUGCCCGUUUAAAGAAUUUGACAAACGUAUUGUAAAUGGACUGGUCAAAUAUUUGUUAUAUUUUUGUCUUUUACCAUCUGUUUGUUUGUUUGUUUUUAUCACUAUAGCAAGAUGCCGCCCACUCAUAUUUUAAUUUUAACACUGGCUGUGGUAACCUGGGUUCGAAGGCCUUGCUCAAGGACUUCUCAUCCAGCCCCACCCAGAUUCACAGAAUAUAAAUAUGUUUAUCUCUUGCUGAAUAUGAUUAUAUAUUUCAUAAUAAACCUUCAUAUUGAAGGUGAUAUGUAUGAAUAUGUAUGUACAGAACUCUCUGCUUGCAUUUUUGGCAAAGACAUGUUUGUUGACUAGAUUGUGAUAGACACAUGCGAUGUGUAGGUUCCCCACGGAGCCCUGGUUCCCUUCAGGGGCCACAAGGACAACAGACACUGGGUUGUACGACUCCCUGCUUCAGGGGCACGAGGACAAUUAAGCUGAGGAAAACAAAGGAAUUGUAGGCAAAUAAUUGGUAUUGUAGAUCUAUAUGACAAUUGCUGUAGGAUUUUAAAUAAUUGACAAAAUAUCCGUUUAUUGGAGAUCAUGUUUAAUGUGGGUGUACACAUUCUGUCUCUUGCUGGUGAGCACUUACUUGUACAGAUAUGUUUUAUGUUUUUAUUUCUUUUUGUUCCGUUGCUGUGUGUGUUGAAAGUGCUCAGCAACAUCCAGAGGCGAAGGGAAACUCCACGCCCCGGCCAGCCCACAUCCAUGGUAAAUAUCCGCUGACUGAACAUAAAAUUGCUCCCUAUCUAUUUUAUUUCAGGCAAAUCCAGUUAGUCUGGCUUCUGCGAGUAUCUUGAGCCGAGGCAAAACUCGCUGCAAGUUUUAAAAUGCGUGGUACAGUAGCUAAUCGAAUAGCUGGAGAUCGAAGUGAAUCGGCUUCACUUCUCGGCACGGUGAAAAUGAGCAUCUGGGCUGAGGUCGUCCAACAGACGCCUGACGCCAUUCCUAUAAACACACGGGCUUAAACAGCUCACAGUGGAGCACAGCCUUCCACCGACUGCUGCUGAGUGCAUCUACGCACUCUCACGAUAUGCUGCUGCCAUAUGGGGAGGCAGGUUGAGGGCAAACCCUUUGUGGGAGUUUCAUGCUCAUGUGAAUCUGUCGAUCAGUCCUAGCUGCAGGAAUUAGGGUUUGGAAACACACUCUUUGUUAGUUUGAUUGCAAGAUGUCUACAUUGUUCCUGAGGGAGGCUGUGGAUGGACUGUCUGGGGAAUUACACUGCAAUAUAGUUUUUGGAUAUUUCUGGAUAGUACACAGGGAUGAUUUCUCUUCUUUUAUUCUGGGGAUGGUGUAUAUUGAUGGUCGUGCGAAUGGUCUGUGCGAUGCCAUAGUGUCAGAGGAGCUUUGUGAUAGUAGUGGUGGUUUUGCUGACUUAUUUCUUUCUUUGGAGAGCUUUGAGGAACGGUUCUCAAACUUCAGAAAUCAUGUUUUUGUCAAGUGCUGAAAUAGUAAUAACAAGACUGGCCUUUACAAUUGAGCGCACACUGACCUGAAUGUCCCUGUGGUGAUGUCCCCUUAACAUGCGACCAUGGUAGCAAAGUAUCUUAUCCACAGACAAUUAUCAAGAGCUUUUGUCUCAAUUGUCUGCAGAGGCUGUGAACCUGCUCAUAUCCCCUUUGGCCCCAUUUGAAGAGGCAUGAAUAAAUACUGAUCCAACCACCUUUCAUCCACAUUUAGAAAUUGAUAGUGCACCAAUUAGCAUAUUAUAUUAUGUAUACUCCCCUGCCUUAAGUCAUCCUCCUCCUCUCUCUGUCCUGCCCUCUCUCCCUAGUCUCUCUCUCACUGGCUGGCACAUUUCCAGCAAGUUUAUCUUUGGUGUAACCAAGCUGUCCAGGGCGGGGAAGGGCCAGGGCCACCCCGGCCUGACGAAUGGUUGACUCCUUGCUCUAGUGAGCCCGGGCAGGGAUGCAAACACCUGCUGGGAACUCCAUCAGAAAGGCAUCAGGUCAGCUGUGGUUAGGGAGGCUGAUUGGAGAGUCAAAGAACAAAUACCCACAAAAUAUGAAACACUCAAAUCUGUUCUCCAGCCUGAUGCUUGAAGAAAAGAAAGUGGUCAGGGAUCCGACAGUCAGGGCCGAUGCGAUAAAGAAGGUGGGGAGGAGUCAGUUUACAGAAGAGGAGUCAGUUUACAGAAGGGUGGGGUCACAGGACAGAAGUGGCAUGAAGACGGGAUGGAAGUCAGAUAGUUAGAUUGAAGGGAAUUGGCCGUUUUUUGUAUUACAAUUCGUGGCAGCAUCUUUGUAAUUGUAUAAUGUUAAUUUUGUUGUUCUAGUUUGUUAAUGGAAUGUACGGUAAUCAAGCAACUUGUUUGCUUGGUGGGAAAAAUCAAUUACUUUCUCUUUUUUCCAAUUAUUUAAUGAUAAUAGUAAUCACAUAUUUCUUUAGAUUGGCAUAAAUCCCUUUUUGCGGAAGGCAAUGAUUCAAUUUGAAUGCAUUAGUCCUAUAUUCAGCUCAGUCUCAUGUAUUUGCUUUUCAAACCAAGAGCCUGAAUGAGACGGUAUAAUGUAUUCAUUACGCAACAGUGUAAUUCUCCAUUUGCUCUGUUUGUUUUUCUAAAUAUCUGACUGUAAUGACACUCCAGUGUGAUGAAUGGAGAGGCGGGUCGCCAUCCCUCUCUGAAAGCCGUUUCAUAUGGAAGCCAUUCAUCACACACUGAUAGAAAACACAGGAACAGAGCUUGUAAAAUGUUUCAUGGAGCUGUUACUGUCAGAGAAGUGACCAACGGUCCUUUUUGUAGCUGAAGGAGCCGUGUUGACCUGACGCGACACCCUGCAAAACUCCAUUAUUAAACUACUCCAUUCUCUUUUUUCCCUGUGUUUCAGACUGUGGACUCGAUACACACACACACACAUAUGUUAAAACACAAACACGCAACACUUCAUGUCACACCUUCACACAGACACACACACCGUGUGAACACUUGAAGUUGCUGUGGGAGAAAGAAGAAGCAGGUGAAAUAGGACCUUUCAAGGAAACUAGUCAUAACAUUCCCCAAUGGUACACAAUGGAUGGUGGAGAUGGAUAUGAGCUGGCACAUGUCAUACUUUGUUUAUUUGUGUGUGAGAGAGUGAAUGUAUGUGUGUGAGCAUAGCAGGCACAUGUGUGUGUACAGACAUGUAUGUGUGCACAGGUACACUGUUUAAAGGCGUGAACUGUUUUUAUUUUAUUUUUCUGUAUAGCAACCACUUGUAAAUUGUGACAAGUACGUGUCAAGAGUUUGUAAGCUGUAACUUUCUGAGAAAUAUUGUACUAAAAUGCACUCAAUAAACGCCUUGGAAAACAAGUCAA